AUGAAAGUGUUUAGAGGCGAAGGUGUUUUCAUCAAACCCUCUGAGGGUAAAGAUCAUCGUGAGCUUGUUGAACUGAGUAAUUUGGAUUUAGUUGCAUACCCAAUGUAUAACAAGGUGGUCUAUGUUUUUGAAGCUCCCACCCCGAGCUCAGAAGUGUUGAAGGAAGGACUGGCCAAAGUUUUUGCAGAGUUCAGAGAAUGGGCAGGGAGAUACACGAAAGAAACACCAAAUGGGUGCCUUGGAAUCAAUCUGAAUGACGAGGGUGUGCUUGUGAUAGAAGGUGAAGCAGAUGGGACAAUAGCAGAUGCAAUGCCCUUCCAUCCCUCUUCAUUCCUCCUAGAGUUGGUGCCACCCACAUCCACCAUGGUCGAUGAACUCUUACUCAUGCAGUUUACUCGAUUUGCUUGUGGAGGGUUGGUGAUAGGCUUAGCUAGUCAUCAUCAUGUUGCAGAUGGACAAGCAACUACUCUUUUCAUGAACUCAUGGGGAAAAGUUGUUAGAGGAGAGAGAAUUCUACCUCCAGUACAUGAUCGGUCUCUGAAAGCAAGAGAUCCUCCUCAACCAUGUAUUGAUCAUUAUGAAUAUAGUAAUAUAACUCAUGGGCAUUGUUCGAUAGAUUCCAAUUUAACUAUAAAAAAAGUUUCAUUUUGGUGCAUUAUUUUUACAGGAGCUAAGUUAAAGCUUAUUACAAAAGCUCGAGGCCUUGAUGGGGUUAUAAAAACAAAAGCUAGCAUUUUAGUUGAUUGUAGAAAAAGGGUCAAUCCUUCCUUGCCUAAGGAAUACUUUGGUAAUGUUGUUUAUGAUUCAAGUGCUCAUCCAUUGCAUCAGAAAUAA